CGAUUUUACCAUUUUCUACGGAUUUAUUUCUGAAAACAGAUAUUUAUUCAUAAUAUCAAAAUAUUAAAAAAAAUAUGGCGGGCAACAUAAAAAAUGAGGGAAUAAAAGCUCUUCCAAAAUUAGAAUAUAGUACAUCGUACCGAAAGGCUCAUGCAUGGAUUGCCCCCGUUGCCCAAAACUUGGACAUAGUUGUAAGCGUUCAGAUAAGAAACCAAGAAGACAAGCAACUUCGGCACGUGCGCUAGACUUUACUCGUCUCAUUGAAGAUCACUACAAGUCCGAUCAUGUUCGUAAUUAUCCAGCACGUGCAGGUUCGAAGAACCCGUACCAUAUGACCAAACCACCAGUUUGUGACACCGUUAAGUUUGUGACCACUUUUGAACAAAAACUAUUUAGAGAUCCUCCACGGCCCAUCAUGCCGUUUCAAUCCGAAAUGAAGGGAGCUUAUUCAAAGAAACCCUUACCAUUUGAAGGAAGACUUGUGUUUCCACCCAACCCAUAUCGGGUUUGUGCAAUGCGGGCAUUCGGGCGCGAUGAGCAACCACCACUGGUACCAGAACAGCCUGGUAUGAUGAAAAAUCUCGAUAUUUAUAUGACUACAUCACGGGCUGAUUAUAUUCCGUAUUCUGUCAUUCAACAACGCGGAAUUGCGUGUAAAGACAUAGUGACUUAUUAUGAUUCGGUUGGAGUUCCUCGAGGAGGGAAGGGUUAUGGUCCUAAAAAGGACACUAAGAUUGAACCAAUAGUGAAAACAAAGAAGGCAGUAUAUAACAGAAAAUGGAAGAAAGUUCAAAAUCCAUUGCAAACAAUUCCACAUAGAGCUUUUAAAAGUGAAUACAGUGAAAAUUAUCAACCAAGUACGAAGUCAGAGAUGGAAGCGUAUAGUAAUUUAUCAACUGUUGCAACAUUUCCUUCGAUUUCACAUAUAUCUCCUUGGCAAAAUAUUUGCCCACCGGGAAUGUAUUGUACUGAAACUUGUCACAUAGGUACUGGUUAUCCUAUCCACGCCGUCAUUGAAACUACUCCACCAAAACGCGAAUAUAAGCAUACAAUUGGAUGCAAAUGUUAGAAGAAGAAAACAAAACUCAAAUUAAAUUAAUGCGUAGUAAAAUUUAAAAUUAUUACAUAUAGUAGAAUAAUUUUAAACGAUGCUUUAGCCUUGGUAAGAAAAUAAAAACAGAAAGGCUUUACGAUGUCUCCCAGACACUGGAUGUCAGUGUCCUCGAAAAGCUGACCCUGUGUCAUAGUUCGCUAGUCUCCUUUCGUUCAAGUUCAUCGUUCGGGGGUGUGAGAAGUCUGAUGCGUCUGGUGCGUUUGUUGGGUCUAGUGCGGUUGAAAUGAUGAUCGCGAGGUCGAUGGACCAGACCAGCGAGACCAUUAAAAGGAGAAAAUAAAUCCCUAUAUAAGCAAAACAAAUAAAUUUAAUUAAAAAUGCA